UGUGCCUCUAAAGGCGCUGCCAGUUGAGUCUGGUGUCACGGCUUCUAGUUCUGCCGCCUCCGCGCGCUUCCCGGAAUCCUUGCAACCCCGCCGGCAUGUCUCAGUUCUGCAGUUCCUCCUGGACCCAUGCCCAGCCCUGACUCUGGACAGAGCCUGUGAGCGGAAUUUUCCGGUUUUGGACGCCCAAAACCAAUACCCACCCUCAACUGCUGGAAAGUUGCCCAUGAGUGGACUUCGCCGUGAAGCAGGAAGACGGGUCGAAGGCGAGGGUCCUAGACGCUUCUCUGAGACCCAGCUAUGUGGGGCGAUCCUGGCUCCUCUCCCCUCCCUCCAUUGCAGCACUGGGACAAAGGUCAGCGCUGGACGCCCUGGCCCCAGAGGGAGGGGACCAGCGGGCUCUGGCCGCUUACAUUCAUGCCCUGUCUCCUUCUCAGCUGUUUCACACGCGCUGUGCCUGCCCUAUCCACAGGCUGAGUUUGACAGAGCUGCUGAGGAGGUUAAGAACCUCAAGACCAAGCCGGCAGACGAUGAAAUGCUGUUCAUCUACAGCCACUACAAACAAGCGACCGUGGGUGACGUAAAUACAGAACGGCCUGGGAUGUUGGACCUCAAAGGCAAGGCCAAAUGGGAUGCCUGGAAUGCACUGAAAGGAACUUCCAAGGAAGAUGCCAUGAAAGCUUACAUCAACAAAGUAGAAGACCUUAAGAAAAAAUAUGGAAUAUAAGGGACUGGAUUUGGCUGCCAGCCACGCGUAUCAUCUAAACUGAUAAAAUGCCUUGUUUUUGUAAUACUGUGGAUGACGUGAAAUAAUGCAAAUAACCAGUUAACCCAGUUCCUCAAGACUGUCCAGGAUAUGGCUCUAACAGAUUACUGAAAUGGUUACUGAUCUUUGCUCAGUAGUUUUUAUCUCUAGAUCAAUUAAAAGUACCUUUGUUACUUUAA